AUGCCCAGUCUUACCUUGCCCUACGUGCCGCAUUAUGUUGCCGCACCUCCUACCAGAGAAACUUUGGAGUACGCCGACCUUGCUAUCAUCGACAUUUCGAAAGCCGACACCGAAGAAGGUCGGGCCGCGCUCGCAAUUGAAGUAAGGGAGGCCCUCCUCAACCAUGGGUUCUUCUAUGUCGUGAAUCAUGGGUAUUCGCAAGACCAAACAGGUCGCAUAUUUGACAUCGCGGAUCUACCCUUCUCGGCCGUCAGCGACAGCGAGAAGCAAAUUUUCGCCGGAACAAUGAAACAAACCGGGUCGUACCAGGGAUAUAAAUUACGGAAUUACUGGCAUAUCGAUGGUGGAGUCCGCGACCAGAUUGAGCACUAUAACAUCAAUCGCGAUGUGACCAAACGAGGACACCCAGAGACCCUCCGUCAUCUGCUCCCAGAGAUCAAGGAGUUCUGCAAACACAAUCACUUCAACGUGUUGCAUCCUAUUCUGAGGCUUAUUGCACGCAGCCUCGAGCUACCCGAGGACACGCUGGUCAACAAUCAUGACUAUGACGCCGUUGGCGAGACAUAUGUCAGGUUCAUGAAUUACCCACGGACAGAGGAAGAAGAAACCAAAACAAAGAACGUUUGGCUGAAGGGACACACAGACUUUGGAAGCAUUACGAUUCUAUGGAGUCAACCUGUUGCCGCACUGCAAAUUCUGACCCGUGAAGGCGAAUGGCGCUGGAUCCGUCAUAUAGAAAAUGCAAUCGUUGUCAACGCAGGCGACGCAUUGGACUUCCUUACCGGCGGGUACUACAAGGGCACAAUCCAUCGCGUUGUAAAGCCCCCAGAGGAUCAGCGUGGCUAUGCUCGCCUUGGAGUCUUCUACUUUACCAUGCCCAACGACGAUGUCAAGUUGGUGCCGAUGGCCGAAAGUCCAGUCUUGCAAAGAGCGGGUAUUCAGAGGCGUUGCGACGAUAGCGAGGCACCAACGAUGGAACAAUGGAGGAAAGGGAGGACAUCUGCCUAUGGCCAAUCAGAACUGGAGAAUGGAAAGGAGAAAGGCGUGGAACAAGAGGUCAUCAACGGGGUAUUAGUCAAGCACUACAACUGA